AUGCCGUGGAGCAUCCUCCCAGAGCCAGUAACAGCAUGGCUGAAUCGUUGGGACGAGAGAUUUUGCGAAGACGGUGCAGCGGGGCAGCUCGGCCACGUGGAAGCGCUGCGCGAGCUCAAGACCCUCUUCGUAUGGCUAAUGAUCUCCGGCGCCGCGGACGUCACCACCGCGGAGGGAAUUUACUCUCGUAUCCAGACCGUCGAAACCCAGCUGUCGGCGCUGGAAGAGAUGAUCUGGCGCUUGGAGCGCAAGACCCACGAGGUCCUGAGUCGGUUCGCUGGGAGCCGACUCGCAUCGCUUUUGAGGGCUUGGGCGACCGCCGAGAUCAUAUACAGCGCCUCAUGCUGGCCUAUUGCUUCGGGCUGCGUUGGGCAAGGCGUUACAACAAUGUAG